AUGGCGUCGUUGUUCAAGCCGGGAUGCACGGAGGCAUAUCUUGCCGUGUUUUCAGAUGACACACCUGAAACAUGGUGCUGGCUAGGCUACGAAGGCAACUCCCUUGUCCCGGCGGGGACCGGCACUGGCGACGUCAACGACAUGGUUACAAAGUGCGAGGACAACAAUAUUCUGUACGGUUUGCUACGAUUGGUCAAGAUGGACGACGGCGGCGACUCGAAGCGCGUGAAGUUCGUCUUCAUCACGUGGGUCGGCGAGAGCGCGUCGCCGCUCAAGAAGGGGAAGGUCGCUCUUCACAAGAAGGACUGCGCGACUCUAUUUAAGGGUUUCCACAUUGAGAAGCAGUUAUAUGAGAGGGAGGCCCUGGCGGGCCUGCAGAAGGAUAUUGAUGACACGCUGAAGAUGGCGGGCGGCGCUAACUAUGACAUGGGCAACAUCCGCAUGGGCGUGCAGGCCGGCAACUCCGACAGCUACAAGUCCUUGUUAGCCUCCCUGUUUCCCGCUUUCUUUCUCCCAGUCUCACACCUUUUCUUUUCUUCGUCUCCCCUCGUCCUUCCCCCCACCGCCGUUCCAGCCACCCGCGUGUACCUGGAGAUUCUAUUCUUCGAGAACUCCCGCCCGCUGCACCGCGCGCUGCUCUCCGCGCUCGUGCGUAUCUUCGCGCUCCAUGGGGAUGGCGCAGCCGGGCGGGACAGGGGGAAGGGCGGAGCCGGAGGGGGAGGGCGGAAGGGGAAAAAAGAGGGGAAGGGAAAGAAACAAAGGGGCGAGCGAGCCGAGAGAGAGACAGGUGCGGGGGAUAGCCAGGCAGAGAGGGGGUUUGGAGGCGGAGGAGUGAGGAGGGGAUACGGAAAGGCUGAUGGGGAGAGUGUUGCAGGGAGAGCGAGGGCGAUAGUGGAGAUUGUUAUCGCGUUGUGCUGUAACGAGUACGGCGUUGGUGGUUCUAAGAGGCGGCAGUUCGCUGCAGCUGCAGCAGGAGCGUCCAUCACUGCCGCCCAAUUCCAGGUCUGUGCUUGCCGCCCAGUUCCAGGUCUGUGCUUGCCGCCCAGUUCCAGGUCUGUGCUUGCCGCCCAGUUCCAGUCUCUGUUUCACUGCAUGCCGUGUCUCCGCCCCGCUUGCUUUCAACCCACGGCGUCCCUCACCCUACAUGCCACACCAUCUCGUAUGCUAGCCACUCGUGCCAUCCGCCCCCAUGCACCGCCGUCCCCAUUCCCUUCCUUCCAGGCACCCUUUGACAACUCUGCUCGCCUCGUGGCGCGACAGCUGGCGCACGUGCUGAGUGCAGACGUGGCAGAAGUGGUGGACCACAUGCAGCCAAGUGGCAGUAGCAAGGACAGGCUGGUAGUGGGGAGCGAGAGGAGCAAAUGUGACAACAUCGAGGGGGGCACUGAUGCUCCUGUCUCGGAUGAGGGCAGGAGCACAGGUGCAGAAGAAGCCUCAGGUUUGGGAGUACGAACCGGAGCAGGUUCGGAAGGGGGCGGGCACGUGGUACCAGCAACGAUGGAGCUGUGUCAGGAGGCGCUGUCAACGCUCUACUACCUGCUGCAGCGCUACCCCCACCAGUUCGCCGCGCACCCUCCCACCAACCUCACUCACGACGGCUUCGCCUCGCACCCUCCCAGCAGCCAGGGACAAGGCUCGCGAAGCAUUCAAGGCUGUGAGAGGAAUGGGCGCAGGGAGAGCAGUGAGGCUGAUGGGAGUGUUGAGAGCAAGGGCGUGUGUGAGGAGCUGCUGUCAGUGCACGGCGCUGUGGUGAGAGUGCUACAAACGGGGGUGCUUUCCAGAGACGCCACUGUAGCAGCGGCUGUCGCUCUCUGCGCUCUGCUGCCUCUCAUCCAAUCAGAAACAAGCUCUGGUGCAACAGCAGGAGAAGAGAAGGUCGAACAGGAGGAGGAGGAGCGGAGGGAAGGGCGGCUGGCUGUGGCUCUAGCACGCUCCUUCUUUGCCUCCCCUGCCUCCUCUUCCUCCCCUUCCGCCCCUGCCAUGCUGCCAUCAGCUGCUGUCGCGAGUCCUACCCCUGCUGUGCCUGCAGUGCCAGCAACCGGUGUAGCAGCGGCUGCUAGCGAGUUUGUGGACCCAUUGACAGCACUGGAGGCGUUUAAAACGAGGCAGGGGCGAGCAGCAGGGCAGUCGCAUGCAUGGUUGGUGAACAUGGGGAGGUUUCCUCUGUUCAGCCAGCUGUGCUGCAUCCGAGGCAUGCUCACUGCUGUUCCCCGCCAAGCCCUCACUCACCUCCUGCUGCUGCUGCCCACGCCUGUGGCCGUGCCUGCACAGCCGCUUGAAGCAGCAGGUACAGCAGCAGGUACAGCAGCAGGUACAGCAGCAGGUACAGCAGCAGGUACAGCAGCAGGUUUAGUAUCACCAGCAUCAGCAGGUGCAGCAGGGGAGGCAGCGACCCCCCAGGCAGUGGAGGUGCACUGCUGGUCGCUGCUCUUUCACGGGCUGCUGCCCCGCGUCCUCUCCUUCUGUGAAGCUUCCUCCGACGCACACACCAAGUUCCAUGCGCUCACUGCCCUCCAGAUCUGCCUCCACCAGAUCAAGACAAGCCUGUUGGACGGCACCUGCGCUGCCUCCCGUGCACUGUUCACCCGCCAGGUGGCUCGAAUUCGUGCCGCGUGGCAGUCUGGGAUUUGCGGAGCGGAGGUGUUAGCAGCAUCAGCAGCAGUGAGAGGAAUCCAGGAAGCUGACAUAUUUCCUCUUAGCCAAUUGGUGGACAAGUUGAUGGAGGAUGGCGGUGUGCCGGCGUAUGAGGAGAUGCCACGUGGCAGUGUGGAUAGGAUCCUGGCCGCUGUGUGGGGCCACUGGGAGGAUCCGCUGACUCAGACGGCGAGGCAGGCCCACGUGGCACUGGACCUGCUGCUGGACGUGGUGGAGUGCGUGGAGAAAAGGGGGGGCGGGGAGAAAGGGGGGGGUGGGGAGAGGGACGUGGGGGUUAUGGAGGAUGAGACGAGCAGUGGAGAGGAUAUGAGGGGAAAAGAUGCUGCUGGUUUGGUAGGUGAUGGUGUGAAAGAUGGGGAGGAGAGAGGGAGGGGGGAAGAGGAGGAGGAGGAUGAUGUGGUGGAGGGGUUGGGGUUUAUGAUGGAGGAAGAGCAGGAAGGAGGGGCAGAGGAGGGGCGAGAGCAGGAGGCAAAUGGGACAGCAGAGGCGGACCCGGUUGCUGCACCGGGAGGGGUGGCUUCAGGAGCAACCCUCCCUGACGCAGCAGCAGGGGAAGGGACGGACGAGGAGGUGGCUUCUGGGGCGGGUGCGUCCUGUGUGGGCGGCGAGUUUCGGCAAUUUGCAAAGCAGCUUGCUCAGGAGGUGCUGGCGACGGGGCCGCACAGGAAGGGGCGGUACGUGCCCCUGGCGUCCCUUGCCCUGCGCCUCGGUGCUGCCCGCCUGCUACUCUUGAGCAAGCAGGGGCGCACAGGGGGCGAGGAGGGCGGGACGGCGGAGGGGCGUGAGAGGGGUGAGAGGGAGGGCGCUGCAGUGGGUAUAGAUGGAGAAGCAGGGGGCGUGCGAUUCCCUGUGGGUGUGUUGGGGGAUGCGCUAGCAGCCAUGGGCGAUGAGGGCGUGUGCUGCGCUGUCGCAUCCUUCCUCUCCCCCUUCCUCUCUCGCCUCCGCGAGGAGUGCUGGGCUGGUACAGCAGGAGGGGUGGGAGGAGGGGAGGGACAGGAGGGCGGAGGGGAGGGGGGAGGCGACGUGGCGUGGCGGCGGGUGUGGAUGCCGGCAGUGCUGUGCGGGCUGGUGGCGGGGCCAUCACUGCAGCGCACCAACGUGGCCACCUACGCCCUCCCCGUGCUGCUCUCCCUCGACCCCCCCUCGCUCUGGCCCCUCCUCUCCUUCCUCACCGCGCUGCCCCCACACAGCGACGGAGGAACAGGUGUUGAGGAUAGAUUGGGCAGCGCGGUGGCAGUGUGGGAGCAGUGGCCGGAGCUGGCGGAUGUGAGGGGCGGGCCGCAUGGGGAAUACCCGUGGGGGGCGAGUGUGGACGCGCGGGUGGGGGCGGUGGUGGCGCUGCUGCGCAUGGGGCGAGGCAUGGGCGUGCUGGAUGGACCCCUGGAGGCUGCUGGUAGUGGCAGGAGGGAUAUGAGGGCGCAGAGGGCGCGUUCAGAGGAUAAGGGAGAGGAGGAGGAGGAAGAGAGUGGGGAUGGGGAGAAAGGGAGGGCGGAUGGAGAGGAGGCGGGGAGGAGUGACUGGUCCGGUGGGCCGCAGACCGUGCUGACGUGGAUGCUGGAGCGGGCGACGUGGCACGCUGACGAGGCGGUGCGGGUGGACGUGGCGGAGCUGCUGUGCAUCUCGUUCCGCACCACGGCCAUGCCGUCCCCCCCCGAGCUGCGCCUGCUGGGACUCGCCUUUCCCCUCAACCUGCGCUGCUCCUCGCCCAACCUGCGCAUGCGCUGCUGCUCCAUCGUGCGCCGCUUCUUCUCCCGCGUUCGCGCUGCCGUGGAGCGGCAGGAGAGGAUGGCUGCCGUGGAGCGGCAGGAGAGGAUGGCUGCCGUCACUCGCCGCCAGAGAACGGUUGCUCUGGGUGGAGGUGGAGCAGGGAACGGAGGUAAUGCUCUGGGAGGAGGUGAGGAGGGGGAGGAGGGGGAGGAGGGGGAGGAGAGGGAGGAGGGGGCGAGCGUGGGCGAGGUGCAGGCGUUCAUGCAGUGGCUGACGGCGCUGCUCUUCUCGUCGCUGUACCCCUCAGCGCCCUACGAGCGCAAGAGCAUGGCGCUGGACACGCUCUCCGCGCUCAUGGACGUGUGGAGCCCGCAUGACUUCCUCCCGCCCCACACUGCCGCUACACCGCCCCCUCACACCACCCCACACCUCCCAACCUUCUCUCCCUACCCACCCGGUGCACUGGCCCCCGGCAGCACGCACCUCCUGCUGGCAGCAGCGGUGGACAGCUGGGACCGCCUGAGAGAGGCGGCGCUGGGGGUGCUGCUCAAAUACCCUGCUCCGCUGCCGGGGUUAGAGAGCGCAGGGCAGGUGGCGGAGGUGGUGGAGUGGGCGUGUGGGCUUGUGAUGAGCCCGAGGGUGAGGGAGAGUGAUGCGGGCGCGCUGGUGCUGAAGCUGGUGUUCAAGAAGUAUGUCGUGGGGCUGGGGUGGCAAGUGAUGGUGUUUCCUACCGUUACUGUCACUCCACCUCCUCCUCCUCCUGCUCCUGCAGCUGCUGCUGACUGUGCUAUUGAGUCAGGGGGCAGCAAGAGCGGGGGGCAAGGGGCAGUGGUGGAGUACCUUGAGUCGCUGAGCGAGUGGCUGGCAGCGGUGGUGGAGGAGGGCGAGAGGGACAUGAUAGGCGCGUGCCGCCACAGCCUCGUGCACGGCGUGCUGCUGCUUCUCCGAUACACGCUUGAAGAGGUUGACUGGACCCAACCAUCCCUGCAUCAUGCUGCUGCUGCUCAUGUUGGUGGUGGUGGUGAUGCUGAUGCAGCAGGGGGCAUGAGGGAGGUGCUGCGGCGGGUGCUGGCGCUGGUGCUGCGGGUGACGGGGCUGGCGCUGUGGGUGGUGGCAGCAGAUGGGUUGCGUGUGGACGUGGGGGAGGGGGGCAGGUUGCGCGUGAGUGACAAGGAUGCACAGGGGACCAGUGCGGCGUGCCGUGAGGGGCAAGAGGAGGAGAAUGAGGGGGAGGAGGAAGGCGAAUAUGGGGAGGUAGAGGGCAGCGAUGCCGAUGGUGGUCUCAGUGAUGCUGAUGCUGCUGAUUAUGCUGCUGCUGACGAUGAUGGCAUGGGAGCAGGUGCAGGCGAUGGCAGUGGGCAGCAGCUGGCGCCCGUGGAGCAGAUGGUGAUGGUGGCGUGCUGGCUCUCCAUGAAGGAGGUCUCUCUGCUCCUCGGCACGCUCGCCCGCUCCGUGCCGCUGCAGGCUCGUGCGGGGGCAGGCGAGGAGGAGGCGGAUGGGGAGGAGGGAGGGCGGGAGACGGGGAGGAGGGGAGAGGGAGGGGAAGUGGAGGGAGGGGGAGAACUGCUGGAUGCUGCGCAGCUCAAGCAAGUGGGAGAUCACUUCGUCUCACUCCUCCUAGCCAUGAAGCACAACGGAGCGGUCGACAAGACACGGGCCGGCUUCAUAGCGCUCACAGACCGCCUGCUGCGCUGCCCCUCGCCCGCCCUCAACGCCCUCCCGCGCGCCUGGCUCACCACGCUACAGCGCCGCCUGACAGCGCCCCACCAGACCCUCACCGACCUCAUCCGCCGCUCUGCCGGCCUGCCUGCUGCGUUCCUGGGGCUGUUUCUGGGCGAGCCGCAAGGGGCGCCCAAAGUGCUGCUGCCCCGCGCUGUGGCGUGGUUGUUGGAGGUGGUGCGGGGGGCGGAGAGAGGGGGUGGGGUGGGGAGAGUCGCGGAGGGUGGGGGGAUUGGUGCACAAGUGGGAGGAGGGGCAGGAGGGGAAGAGUGGAAAGGUGGGCGUGCAGAGCAGGCAGGGGAAGCGCUGGUGCCAGGACCAGCAACAGCAGCACAAGGGGUGCAAGCAGCAGCAACAGCACCUGCGCUAUCCCUCAAAGCACGCGAGGAGGGAGUGGUAGCAGCGGUGCAUGCAUGGAACGUGCUGCGCCUGGCCUUCCAUGACACGCACCUUGCCACCGACACCUCCGCCUUCUGCUCGCCCGCCCUGCAAGCCGCCGUCACCGCCGCGCGCUCGCCCCACUGGGAGGUGCGCAAUGCGGGUGGGCUGUGCCUGGUGGCGCUGCUGCACCGCAUGCUGGGCUUCAAGAACGUGCCGCGGGCGGGGCGGCCGUGGGCGCGGGAGCAGGUGGUGUGCAAGCAGACGGCACGGCAGAGCAUGACAGCCGUGGAGUUCUUCCUGCGCUACCCUGAUCUGCACGCCUUCUUCCUCCGCCACCUCCGUGAGGCUGCACUCGCUUUCCUUCCACCUGCUCAGCACCCCCCUGGUGAUCUUCUCCACCCCCCUGUCGACGAUUCCCCCUCCUCCAACGCCACUUCCAGUGUCACCGCCUCCUCUCCCCCCGCCUCCUCCCAGCCGCUGCACCCCGCCCUGGCCCCUGCGCUCAUCCUGCUCUCGCGCCUCAAGCCCUCCACCCUCACCUCCCCCUCGCCCUCCUCCUUCCUCUCCCCCUCCGCCUUUGUGCCCGCCGUCUCGCUGUGCGCCGCCCACCCCCGCAUGCACGUCCGAGAGCUCGCCGCCCGCGCGCUUGUUCCCAUCGUGGCCUCCACGGAAGUUUCUGGGAUGCUGCUGAAGCUGGCUUGCAGCCUCCCUGAGGAGUGGGGAAGGAGGGGUGGGAUGGUUGGAAUUGUCGAGAGAAGAAGUGAGGAGGACAAGGAGGAGGAAUGUGAGAGGGGAGGUGAAGAUGUGGGUGGGAGGGCGAGUGAAGCAAUGGGGUACAAUGCAGUGCAUGGUGUGCUGCUGCAGAUGCGCCACCUGCUCUCCGCCUACUGGAUUGCAGGCACCACAGGCCAGGCGCAGCAGCAGCAGCAGCAGCAGGGGGGAGGGGAGGGGAGCAGCAGGGCAGCAGGCGUGCAAGAGGUGCUGCAGGCAUUGCAGCAGCGGCGGUGGCUGGGCGAUCCCCAUGCCUGCUGCUGCCCCUCCGUGGUUGCAGAGUACCUCACCGUCUCCCACCUCCUCCUCUCCUCCGCGCUCCACUCCUGCCCUCCCCUCUCCGCCCUCCUCUCCUCCGCCCUCCACUCCACCUCCCUGUCCUCCCCUCCCCUCUCCACCCCUCUCCCCACCGCCCCUCACCCCUCUGCACCGCCCCUCACCCCCAUGGUACACGCCACAGCAGUCACAUUCAUCCCGCUCGCCCUGCGGGCCUUCUCCUUCCACCCGCCUCUCCGCUUCGCCAUUCUAGACCCCACAGCGCUCGCUCUCAGGCAAACCGCCGCCUCCCUGCUGCUCUCCCCAGAAGCUGUGUGCCUGGCGGGCCGAGGCCUGUGGGAGGGGCUGGGUGCGGUGGAGGCGGAUACAAGGGGAGAAGAAGGGGUGGGAGAGAGUGGGGCGUGCAGCAGUGCGGGGGCGUUCUGGAAGGUGGCGCUGUCGGCAGUGCAAGACGCCUGUCGGGAUGUGCAGCUGUCGGCUCUCCGCUCCCUCUCCCACCUCCUCGCCUCCCCUCGCUUGCUCGCGCCGCUGCUGCCACCGCUCCAGACCGCGCCACACCGCAGCAGCAGCGAGGGCGGAGUGGGUGCAGUGCUGGUGGCGGUGGUGCAGGGGGUGCAGCAGGAGAGGCGUGUGAAGGGGCGGGACGAGAUGAGGUGCCGGCGGCUGCUCAAGGUGCUGCUGCCCGCCCUCUCCCUGCCCUCCCUGCAGCCCCUCCUGAUGUCCCUGCUGCCUCAAGCUCUGCAUCCCGAGGAAGCACCACUGGCAGGGACAGCAGAGCCGAGGCAACCUGGCGGCCCCUCCCACGAGCCUGACAGCGCUGCAGCUAGCAGCGAUAGGAGUGGGGGUGCAGCGCUGUGGGCGGUGGUGCUGGAGGGCCGGGGCACGGGGAACCUGCUGCAGCUGGCUGCCACGUGGCUGCAGCUGAUUGGCGAGCAGAGCGCAGCGCACCAGCCGGUGAGUGUGCGACGGGCAGCAGCAGAGGCGGUGGUGUCAUCAGGACUGCUGCUGGAGGCGGGUAGAAUGGGGCACGUGCUGCGCUGUGAAGCACAGGGAGGGAAGGGAGAGGAGGGAGAGGAGGGUGGGGAGGGAGAGGAAGGAGGGGAGGGUGCAGUGAUGGAGUAUGCGAGGGUGGUGGUGCGGGCAUGGCUGACAGUGAUUCGCAUGAUGGAGGAUGAAGACGAGACGCUCCGCAAGUCCCUCGCCACUGCCGUCCUCACCAUCACCACCACUGCCGCUGCUGACGCCGCACACCCACACGCACCACCCACUACAGCAGCAGUGUCCUCUUCCUUUGUGGCAGCGCAGGUGGAGCGGGCAGUGGAGGCAGCACUGGCACACGUGUCGCUGUGUCUGCACUCCUGCCCGCCCGCGCUGCUGCCCGCACACCUGGCGACCUGGGUGCUUCACCCGGACUUUGUCUCCCCCUCGGGCUUUCAGCACCUCACUCCCUUGGAUCGCCUGGGAGAUGAGCUGGUGAGUGACGAGGAUGAAGAGGCAGAGCAUGAGGAGGAGAGUGCAGCGGAGAGUAAGAGGAGAGAUGGGGAAACGAGAGUGAGUGCAGAAGCAGCAGCAGCAGCAGCAGCAGCAGCAGCAGCAGCAGGAGGAGGAGGAGCAGGAGGAGCAGCGGCAGCAGUGCGGGCGGUGCCGGGGUUUGUGCGGAGGCUGUUUGACCGAGAGGUGGAUAAUCACCAUGAGGAGCCCUUGCUGCUUGCACACCUCUGCUGCCUGCACCUGCACCAAGCGCUGCAGCACUGCCCGCCUUCCCCUGCGCUCUUCAAAACAAUCACCACCUGGAAACUGGUCUUUGCGAAAAGGUUUUUCACCGAGGCUGCCCAAGCUGCCCGGCUAUGUAAGUCGAUGAAAUGGGUGGGCGGGCCGACGUUUCACCAGGACUCGUUUUCUGCUCUGAUCCGGCCGCUGCUGGGGUUGUGGGCGCUUAGCAAAGUGUCGUUUGCAGGAGCUGGGCAUGUUGAGUGUCUCUCUCUGGGUUGGAGAAAUAAGAGCAGAGUGGAGUGUGAAAAGCAGUGCUCUGAGAGCAGCAGUGGGGAUGGGAGUGAGUGCAUGGCAGCAACGAGUGUGUCGCAAGCAGCAGCCGAGGAUGUGCAGAGGACAAGGAAGCUGGUCAAGGCAGCUGCGAGGAAGCUGCAGGAGAUGCCUGUGAAUCCCAUCCUGCAGAGUGUACUCUCAGAAGUGAUGCGGGCUAAUGCUGCAGCUGUUGAUAAUGCUGGUGCCCGGGAGAGACAUGGAAAGGGGGUGUGUCGAGAGAAUGAUGUGCUGUGGUGUGAUCCGCUUUUCCUCUUGCAUGCUCAGUCAACACUGUAUCAGGACAGCUACGGCAUGGAGGGCGUGGCGGUGAUCACGCUGGGCGGCAAGGUGCAGCACGGGCUGAAACACGUGGAGGUGUUCAUGAUGACGUUCGCCCCCGGUGCCAAGACGCCCAUUCACUCGCACCCGCAGGAGGAGGUGGUGGUGAUCACGCGCGGAGAGGGCAAGGUGUGGGUGGUGGAGGAGAAGAAGACAGAGCCGUCCGCGCAUGCAGUCAAGCGCAACACCACCGUUACCUUCCAACCCAAGGCCCUGCACCAGAUUGUGAAUGACGCCACGGAGGAGCUGCAGCUGAUAGCGUCCUACUCCAACCCGCCCCACAAGAUGGCCAUUGUGAAUGACGGCAAGGAGGAGCUGCAGCUGAUAGCAUCGUACUCCAAGCCGCCCCACAAGAUGGCGGUGCACGCCACGUGGCAGACCGCCCGCAAGGACGCUGAGAGCGCCGGCCGCGCCUCGUGGGAUGCGUGUGUGGUGCGAGAGGGGGAGGGGGGUGAGGCGGUGGAGUGGGAGAGAGGGGCGGCGGAGAAGAAGCAAGGGGGUGCUGCUGAGACAGCUGCUAACGGGGAGGCUGGUGCAGCGACUGGAGGGAAUGUGGUGGGGGAAGAUGCGACUGCGAGAGCAGAGGAGGACGAGCUCAGAAGGGACUUGGAGGGAGACGGUGGGGAGGUAGCAGGGUCGUCACAGGAGGUGAAGGAUGAGCUGUAG